AUGGCGCAACAGCAAUAUAAUGGACAGAAGAAAGACAUGCCAUUUGAGAGGCUUUUUAAGAUAGAAAAUAUUAUAUUUGCCUCACCUCCCGAAAGAACGCAAAAAAUUCUUCAGUCUAUUUCUAAAAUUGAUCCAACAUAUAAAGAUUAUAUCAUCAAAAUACUUAUUUUUAUGACAAAAACACGCCGAUUAAAAUACAAUAUAAUUGCUGAUUAUUUCAAUGCAUUAGGUCUUAUAUUACCCGAACAAUGUGAUCCAGAUUUUAAACUCUUUUGGGAAAAAUACACAGCAGCUAAUGGUCAGCCGUUAGAUUUCUGUGAUGAUAUAUUUCCCAUGAAUACACCUGGAUUUGCAAUCGUUCAUGAUAACGUCGCAAUUCUUCAAGCAAUUGUUGAGAAUUCUAAUAAAGAAGAAUUAGUGAAUACUCCUGUACAAUUCAUGGAUCAGAAGUUAUCCCUUCUAAAUCUUGCAGCUCACUGUGGAGCUAUAAACUGUUUUAAUUAUCUACUUCAGUAUACAACACAGUUAACAGAGGAUGUUCUUGAUGGAGCCGUUGCAGGCGGUGAUCAGGAAAUUAUCAAGAAAAUUCUAUCUCUUAGAAGCGAUUUUAACUUAAAAAAUCAUUUACGAACUGCCAUCAAAUAUCAUCAUAAUACAAUAUGCGGCAUGAUUUACAAACAGUCGCCAGAUGAAUUCUUAAAAGUUGACAUGCAAUUCUGCGUAGUUAACAUGAAUAGAACAAUGUAUAAUAUUAUCAUCAAAGAAAUGAUGAAAAAAGAAAUACUUAAUUCACCAGAUGCUAACAUGCAACCACCACUUGUCGUAGCUUCAAGAUUAGGUGAAAUCGACAUUGUAGAGUAUUUAUUAGAAUGCAACGCAAAUAUCGACGCUACAGACUCGAUAGGCGAAACCGCCUUGCUUACGGCAGCCACAUUUGGCCAUUCUCAUAUCGUUUGCUUCUUAGUUACAAAAGGAGCGAAUAUUGAGGCUACAGACAAGUACCACUGGACUCCUCUGAUGGCUGCUUGUGCAAAUGGCCAUGAAGAAUGUGUUAAAGUGCUUAUUAAUAACGGCGCAAACAUGCUUGCAAAAGAUAUUCUCGGAAAAAGCUGUUACGAUAGAGCGACAGCAAAUGUACAAUCACUGUUGAACUUUGAUGGAAGAGGUCAGUUUUACAUGUAA